AUGUCAGAAAAAAGUGAGGUUGACGGGGCUCAACCGCCACUGAACACUAUAUUGGGCGAUAACUCCCCAUCCAACAAUGAAGGAACUGAACCAAAUCUUCCGAAAAAGAGGUUAAAUGGUGGCCUGGAUGCCUGGCUAAGCGUUCUUGCGGGAUUCUGUGUUUUUGUGAAUUCUUGGGGCCUCUUGACGACCUAUGGCUCCUUUCAGGAGUACUACCAGACUGUGCUUCUACCAGAGGAGACACCCUCGACUAUCUCAUGGGUUGGCAGUAUUCAAGCCACCUUGAUCCCGAUGGUUGGUCUUGCCACAGGCCCAUUAGUCGAUGUCGGAUAUCUACGACCUCUUAUUAUAUCCGGGAGUUUCCUGACUGUCUUUGGAAUGAUGAUGACUAGUCUCGCCACGUCCUACUACCAAGUCCUCCUAGCCCAAGGUUUCUGCGUCGGAAUGGGCGGCGGCAUCGCCUACAUCCCAGCCUUAGUCGUAAUCUCCACGAAUUUCACCAUAAAACGACCCAUCGCUAUUGGCUGCGCAUCAAUCGGAUCAAGCGUCGGUGCCGUGAUCUUUCCAGUGAUGUUCCGCCAACUCCAGCCCAAAAUCGGUUUCCCGUGGGCAGUCCGCUGCAUCGGCUUUAUCAGUCUGUUUCUCGCCAUCGUCGCUUGCAUCAUCCUCUGUCGGCAUCCGGGUCAAAAGACUCACGCAAGGAGUCUCAUUGAUUGGAAGGCUUUCCGUGAUCUUUCCUUUAUGAUGUUCUCGCUGUCAUUGACCUGUGUCAUGCUCGCGUACUACGUCCCGAUUUUCUAUGUCGCUUCUUACGCGCGCGCAGCUGUGCAUACCACGACCAGUUUGAGCUUUUAUAUGGUUGCCAUCGUUAACGGGUCUUCGGUUAUUGGUCGUGUUGUGCCGUACCUUCUGGUUGCAUAUAUCAAGCCAAUCGGGAUUCUGUUAUUCGCAGUAGCGGCUUCGGCCAUUGCUAUGUUCACUUGGAUUGCUGCUACCGGUACUGGUGGUUUUAUUGUGUGGUCUUGCUACUGGGGAGCUUUAAGUGGUGUCUUAGUCACUGCACCUACGUCUAUUGUGGCACAUCCAGUGUUCUGUCCGGACUCCACAUUCCUAGGGACACGCUUGGGGAUGAUGUGGGGAAUUUCUUCUUUUGGGGCUUUGGCUGGAACGCCUAUUGCGGGUGCUCUGGUGAAUUUGGAUACUGCGGACUUUUUGCGUGCGCAGGUCUUUGCUGGGUCAGCUCCUAUCAUAGUCAACAUCAAAAUGCCCCAAGAAGCAGCUUCCAAGGGCGGCAACAGCAGUCGCAACCAACAAACAUCCUCCGUCGCUGGAGGCACAAGUGCCCAACCGACACCAGCCAACAAUGUAGGUGGCGGCUCUGGCAUGGGAGACAAGCUCUGGAACUCAGGCGACGACCAAGGGCCAGGCCAUGCAGAUGCAACCGACGCCAGAUCAACGAUGGGUAGGUUCCUCGGUCUCAAUGACCAGAAAUCACGCGCCCAGAACAAAUAUCUUCAGCGAGCAGGCUUGGCCGGCGACACGAAUGAUCGUGGAGAGCCGACUUGUGCUAGUGAGGAUCAUUCAUUUAUGGGUCGUCAGCCUGGUGAGGCGGAUACUUUGCCUGGUUGGCAUACUAUUAGGGAUAAGACUGGCUUGUGA